CCACCAUUUCAGAGUGAUGAUCUAGACCUGGAUGUAGUCAGUGCCCACUCCCAGCUAGUGGAGUUCCUCAGCCACCAUCCUGUAUGGCUGCUGACGACCUCCCAGCGCUUCCUCCCAGGACUGGCCCUGAAUGGCCUGGAUGGGAUCACCAACCACAAAGAAAAAGUCUCAGUGCUCCUUGACCUGCUGGAGGAGAUUGGCCCUGCCACCUGGGAACAGUUUGUACAGGGCCUCUGCAUGGAAUGUGGCUUCCCCCUGGACCUGGAGAUACAGCUCAUGAGUUUGGCAGGGGAAGGUUCUGCUCGAUGUCACCAUCACAGCAGCUCUAUGCAUGAGAAGGAUGUGAAACAACAGCAGCUCGAUGCACCUAAAAAGUACCGGCAUCUCCUCAUGGAUUCUGUCUGCCAGAGAUAUGGAUGCUGGAGAGCAGCAGGAGCAGCAGUGUGGGAACAAAUGCAGCCACUGGCUGUCAACCAAGCCUUUGUCAGCCUUGUCAUUCGGCAGAGCAAAAUCUCCUGCUUAAAAGAGGGAACAGAGAAAUCCCAAAGUAAGCCAGAAGAAUAUGUGGAUACAGCUGUGAAAGUAUCAGAUCUGUUUUGUAAUGUGGUCCCAUCAGAAACAAUGAAGGUAAUCUUUUUGUUUGGUAAACCAGGUGCAGGCAAGACCAUGCUAAUGCAGAGCAUUUAUCAGAAACGGGUUGAAGGUGACCUAUCUCAGUUUCUCUUCACUUCCCUGUUUGAGUUUCAGCAGCUGAAUUUAUUAAAAAGAAAAUUGACUCUGAAGGAGCUUUUGUUUGACCUGUUCCUUCAGACAGAAGACAGCCCUGAUGCAGUGUUCCUGCUGGAAAAUACCUGCUGUACACUGAUCAUCUCUGAUGGGCUGGAUGAGUUUGCAGCUAACAUGGACAUGUCAGGCUCUUCUGAGGGAAGGCCAACCAUUACUUCCUGUAUGUCCAUAUCUGAGUUCUUUGCAGACCUCUGUCAUGGGAAGCUCCUGCCUGGGUGCACAGUGGUGGUCACCAGCCGACCUAUGAGACUACCUGACUUCUUAGUAACUACAGUAAAUCUGCUAGCAGAAAUUUGGGGAUUUGACCAUGAGAAGAUUAAGGAAUAUGCCAGCCACUAUUUUCAUCAGCCUUCAUUCAAAGAGCAAGCCGUUGCUCACCUGAAGAACAACAUUAAGCUCCUGAGCAUGUGCCACAUCCCAGUUGUGUGCAACUCUUUGCUCCUUAAACACAAGACGAAUGUGGAGCUUCCUACACUGACACAGUUUUAUAUCAAAAUGCUUCUCAUCUUCAUAAAUAAACAGCAGAGAGAACAUGAAGGUGGUGAGGGGGCUAAGCUGCACUGCAACAAAAAGGCCAUUUUGGGUCUCUGUGAUCUUGCAAUGAAAGUCCUGGAAGAAAAAAAUCUUGUAUUUUAUGCUGGAGAAAUUCCAGAGCACGUGAAGGAAUUUGCUUCCUUACAUGGACUGAUGACUGCUUUGGAGGUGAAGAUGAGUGGCACUUGCCCAGAGGGUGGCUAUGCCUUUGUGCACUUGAGUUUGCAAGAGUUUUUUGCAGCAUUGUCUCUCAUGGUAAGUAAGAGGGUGGACAAGAACUACUUGAGGAAGAAGUUAUUUUUGAAGUCAAAAUGGACUUUAAAGAACAAGGCAAAGACCGGGAUAAUGGAGAGUUUUCACAUCUUCCUCUCAGGCCUGUGGUCAAAAGAACGUAGGACAUUUCUCAUGCUGCUAUCUGAACAAGAUGAAGCUUGGAUGCAGGAUAAGCAGGAUGUAAUCCUGCAGUUUCUCAGGAAACUGGCAGCCACUAAUCUGACAGGGCCUAAGGUCAUUGAACUCUGCCAUUGCACUUUUGAAACACAGGACCUCAAAGUAGUCCAGCACAUCAGGAGCCUGCUGAAUUUCAAGUACGAGUUCAAAAACUUUAGACUGACACCCCUGGACAUGUUGGCUUUGCUUUUUGUCAUGAACUUGGGCCAGGGUUUGACUUGUUUGGAUUUUAGAGGAUGUUUCAUGGACAUUGACUGUUCGGAAAUUCUGGCCAGCUGUAAAAAUGUAGAGCACUUGAGCUUUCAUAGUAGGAGAUAUGGCAAAGACUUUGCUCCUGCUCUGUCAAAGAGCUUAUGAGGAAUGGCAAGCCUGAAGACACUAGAGUUGACAAGUGAGAGCAUCACAGCUAAGAGGGUCAUUGACUUGGUAUCACAUUGCCCUUAGCUUGAGGAAAUAAACUUGCAGGACAAUCGGAUACAGAAUCUGCAGGUGAAGAGGGCAAUGGACCUGUUUUCCAGAAUGGAAAAGCUGAAGAAAAUAGAUCUGAGCAACAACAACUUUUCCUUGGCUGCUGUUCUCACUUUGGCAAAGGAAGUCAUCACUUGUCAGAACGCUACUGAGAUGCUUGUCAGGAAGGACACUGUGAUUAUGUAUUUUUCUGGCCCAUCUGGGAAAGUUCCAAGAUCUUUGGAUUUGAGGUGGGAAGAGAAUAAGGAACACGUAAUUCCAACUAAACAAAUGAAGUUAUGCUUGCAGUACUGCAGCCUAUCUUCCCAACAUGCAAAGGAGAUUGUUGCCAUGCUCCAGAGCUGUUCCUGUCUCUCUGAAGUGCAUUUGUCAGGUAGCAAGCUUGGAGAUGAAGGCUGUAGUUGUCUGCUGGAAAGCCUGCCUUGGAUAUCAAUUUCAAAGCAGCUGAAUCUCAGUCAAACCCGCCUCUCUGUUAAUGGCAUUUUCAGUCUAUUGAAGUCAGUAAGUACCUGCCAGAAGAUGAUGGAUGCACAACUCAGCCUUUGUCAUGAGGCUGCAGUCCUGAGGUUUACAGGAGACAGAGAGUUUUCUCCCCUUCCUCCUAGGUAAGAGUGUGAAGAGACUGUGUGCUUUAUUGGUGACCAACAACACGGAGAAGAAAACCAGACUCCUACAACCCCACGAAAAAUAAGGUACCAUGACAGUCAUUUUCAAGCCAGUGACCUGGAGAAGCUGUGCGCAGUCCUGAAGGAAUGUAGCAGCAUCUCUGAGCUGGACCUAUCAAAUAAUUCUGAGGGACUGCUGCAGCUGUUUCAGUUCCUCCAGAAUUUGAAAAGGUUAAGUUCUCUCAAACUUAAUGGCAACCACAUCUCCCUGAACUCUGUGUUUUUCUUAGCUCAGUCUUUAUCUACAUUGGAAGACAUUAUAAUAAUGGACCUCAGGGUCACAAGUACCAGCAGAUGGAGAACUGAUUUCCUCAUACAUCCAAGCAUGAAGAAGAAGGACAGUGCUUUUGGAAUGGCCAGCCCCCAAAACACUCCUUUUGUCACCAAGGAGUGUAGUGGAAGCAGGAGAGUUGCUGUAAGUCUUGUCCUAGGAUGUGAGGCUAUGGGGCUGUUGUCGUACUGUGGUCAUGGGGAAUGUUUAGCUCCUGAGUGCUUUGUUUGCUUCAGUCUCAGGGACUGCAGAUUGGGUCCAGAGGAUGUGACCAGGCUGUGCCAGACACUGGCUCAAUGUCCCCAGCUGACACAAAUUGAAAUUUGUUUCCUUCCAUGUUUUACAGUGUCUGGAAAUUCAUCAUGUGACCAGAGCAUUGAGAGAUUACUGAGCUUCCUGCCAUACCUCUGUCAUCUGAAAAUACUGAGUAUUAGGAAAUUUUCACUGUGUUGCACUGUCCUGCUUAUCAACUCCAUCAACCUGUGUGAGAGGAUCAGAAUGAUAGAAAUCCAGUCAAGUGAAAAUACUUUAUUGCAUCUAGAAGCAACCAUGCGAAGCCAAAAGACAUCCUGCAGGCUGAUGGACUGUGCCAUUGGUCAAGGGCAGACAGAUGAGCUCUGCAGGGUCCUGGAGCAGCAUGGCAGGCUGGCAGAAGUGGGUUUAUGCUCCAAAGCAACUUCCAUCAAGUUGACAAGCAGAGAUGACCCGAGAAGGAUUUUGAGACUCACAGAGUGCAAAUUUCAACCAGAACACUUGGAAAAGUUGUGCUUGUUCCUGGAAAAACGCACUGGUCUGACAGAAUACAUAUCCUUAUAUAACAAUGUGACUGUCCAGGCUGCAGAAAGACUUCUGCAUUCACUGAGAAAAAAUCUGGGUCCUCUGUAAAUCAGCAUAGAAGAGCCUUGGGUACAUAAAUAAAUUGUCAUGAACUUUAUUUACCUGGCUGUCCAGACCUGUGGAAACAUUACUGAGAUCAGGAUAUGUAAAGAGAAAAUCUUCCAAUUAGGUGUUAGGUUCCCACACUACCUGGAGAAGGUGGAAUCAGACGUUAGCAGGCUGACAUCUAGCAGUAUUAUGCCAGCUGGAAUGGACUACUUGAUCUUGGGCUUCCAGAACUGCCAGGCCAUUAAAGAACUCAAAAUGAAACUCAGCAGUGCUGCUGUUCCUAAGCUUGUGCUGGGGGUUUGUGAAACGCCAUCUCUGAAGAGCCUCGUCUUGAACCACAACAGUAUUCGUAAUGAUGGCUGCUGCAUACUCACGGAAGUCUUGACGAAUAUGCACUACAUGGAGGAAAUCAAUUUAAGCCACAGCAAGAUUGGAGAUCCAGACCGGAUAACUCUAGCUGUCCUGCUGGAAAUGCAAAACUUGAAGAGAAUCAACCUUUCAGGGAACAUUCCUAGUUCUGCUGGAGGGGUGAGGCUGAUGGAAGCUCUUGUCUAUUGCAAACAUAUGGAGGAGUUACUGCUAUCUCAAAAUUUUUUUGGAAUUGGGCCAGCAGUGAAACUUGCCCGCUGUCUGCUUCACAUGACCAGCCUGAAGGUCCUGCACUUGCAGAACAAUAACAUUGGGCCAGCAGGAGGCAUGGAGCUGGCCAGAGCCCUGGUGGCGUGUGGGCUGCUGAAAGAGAUCAGUUUAUCAGAAAAUGACCUUGGGGAAGGAAGUAUCUAUGCCCUAUCCGAGGGGCUGCCAUGCUUUGAACACCUCUGAAAGAUUGACUUGAAACUCUGUGGAAUCACUGAUGAUGCUUCAAAAUCACUUUCUCACGGCUUCUGACAAUGCUCUUCCCUGGAGGAGAUAAUGGGAGUACUGUCGUGGAACGCCCUUGGAGAUGGAGGAGCUGGAGAGCUGGCCAGUGCUCUCGCAGGGAUGGAAAAGCUGAAGCUGUUAGAUCUGGAGAAAAAUCACAUUGGUGUCUGUGCCACAAAACUGGCAGAGGAACUUCUCAAAUGCCCAGAAAUUCAGUUCAUAAGGCUGUGGGACAAUCCAGUGCCCAGAGGCCUGGCUGAGAAUUCAACAAGCCAAGACCCAAGACUCUGUUUUUCCUUCUAG